AUGUCGAACAACCCCGUCAACGAAGUCGGACACUUUGUCCACCAGAACACCACCGCUCCCCCUCACCCCAGCUUGUUGGGAAUGUUCUCCCUGAAGGGCAAGACUGCCAUUGUCACUGGUGCUGGUGCCGGUAUUGGUCUCGCCGUGGCACAUGGUCUGGCUGAGGCCGGUGCCAACGUUGCCUUCUGGUACAGCAGCAACAGCAAGGCCCCAGAGCGCGCUGCUGAGGUCGCUCAGAAGUACGGUGUUCAGAGUAUGUAUUCCCAGUUACCUCUUUUGUUUGCGCGCAGCACUAACAGCAACACAACAACAGCCAAGGCAUACCAGUGUGACAUCACCAAUGCCGAAGCCGUCCAGAAGACCGUCGACCAAACCGUCCGCGAUUUUAACGGCCGUCUAGAUGUUUUCAUUGCCAACGCUGGUGUCCCAUGGACUGAGGGCCCCAUGGUGGACGGUCCUCUUUCCCACUAUACCAAGGUAGUUGGCAUUGACCUGGACGGUACCUUCUACUGCGCCAAGGCUGCUGCUGCCCACUGGAAGCGCCAAAAGGAGCAGGGCACCGACCUCAAUGGAAAGCCCCUCACCAAUUUCACCUACGGCAGCUUCGUGGCUACUGCCUCAAUGAGUGGUCACAUUGUCAACUUCCCUCAAAUGCAGGCCGCUUACAACGCCGCCAAGUCUGGUGUCAUCCACCUCUGCAAAUCUCUCGCCGUCGAAUGGGUCAAGUACGCCCGUGCCAAUUCCGUCUCCCCCGGAUACAUUGCUACUGAGAUCUCCAACUUCGUCCCGCAGUCGGUCAAGAACAUCUGGAGGGACAAGAUCCCCAUGGGUCGUGAGGGUCAGCCCGAGGAGCUCAAGGGCGCCUACCUAUACCUGGCCUCGGAUGCCUCGACCUACACCACCGGUGCCGACCUAGUUGUCGACGGUGGAUACUGCGCUCCUUGA